UUGCUAUCCCUCUUUAUUUGCUUCAUUUCAUUAGGUCGUCAUUAUGGCGUUGUCUCAUGUGAAGGUUGUAAAGGAUUCUUCAAGCGUUCGAUUCGUGGCCACGUGAGCUACGCAUGUCGCAGUGAUCAACAAUGUCUGGUGAACAAAGCGUUCCGAAAUCGCUGUCAAUAUUGUCGUCUACAGAAAUGUCUAGCAGUCGGAAUGCGUUCGGAGGCAGUGCAAAACGAACGUCGUCCAUCGACUGCUUACGGCUAUGGAUUCGCAUCCGAUACGGCUAGCAACGAGGGAGCGAACGGUGUGAAGAAGUGUUGUCCAGUCGAAACAACUGAUGACGUCACUAUGGUAGAGAAACACCGUCAAACAGCCUUAUGUUUUCUCUCCAAAGAAAAGGAGACAUCAUGA